AUGAGUAAUCAAAAAUCUGAAGCUGAUUAACAAAAGGUGAAAUCGAUUUCCGAUAAUUCCUUAGUGAAAUCUCAUUCGUAAUCAAUCAAAGAUAUAGAGUUAUCAGUUUAUAGAUGGGCUAUUUUGCUUUUGUACUUUUUAGUUGUAUUGGUGAAUGGAGUGCCAUACGAAAUAUGCGUGCCUAUAAGUUCGUUUAUGGCUGAGAUCUAUAAUGUAUCCUUGGCGGUAGUUGCAACAGCCUCGACGGUGUUUAUGGUUAUGCAUCCAAUAUUGUCAUUUGUUGCUGCUUAAACAAUUUCAAGUUAUGGAUGGGCAUCUGCUACUAAUUUAGGAGUAAUACUAACAAUUGUCGGCUGUGCUAUUAAGUUAUUGAUAAACCAAGCAGGAUUUUCAGUUUUGAUAGUCGGGUAGGUUCUAUGUGGAAUAGGAAGACCUUUCAUUUUAAAUUCUCAAGCAUCAAUGGCUAUGAGUUGGUUCCAUCCUAAGUCGAGAAUAAUCAUAAUCACUCUGCUAAACGUAGUUAAUACAUUAUCCUUGGUUGUUUCAGCUUAAUUGCCUGGAAUAAUGUUUAAGGGUUAUAAAUUGGACAACGACCCAGAAUGCGAGGAUGGAAAAGACAAAAUGUAAAGUUUAUGCUUACUUGAAUUUUACAUAAGUUUGGCCAUAGUGCCUAGUUUAUUUAUGUUGAGGAGUAGACCUAGUGAGGUCCCUGUGAAGAUAAACAAAAUUGAAAGAAAAAGCGGCAUGUUGAGAAUAAUGCUGCGACUAUUUAAGAAUAGAAACUUUGUUUUACUAUUCAUUCCAUUUAGUCUGUACUUUGGGAUCUUAAAAGCCUACCUGGUAAUAAUGGAAUUGCUGAUGGCUCCAUACAAAUACGAGACUGAUUAAGUGGCUGGUGUUGUUUCAUUUCCUUUGAUUGGCGGAUUGAUAGCUUAAGGAGCACUGCCAUAUAUUGUAAACAAGUAUAAGGUACAGAAACAGUUUGUUCGUAUUUUUUUGUUAUGUUCAACACUAUCAAUGGCGUCAUUAUACUUUGCAUUGUCAUCGAACAAUGUGGUCUACAUUUAUAUAGUAAUUACUCUCUUGGCCAUGUGUGUGAUGCCUAUACUACCUGUGAUCAUGGACAUGGGAUGCGAUUUGAUAGCACCAAUAGAACCAUCAUUCGCAGUGGGUGCCUUUUAUAUGGGGAGCAUGCUAUUCUUCGUGGUUUUCACUUACAUCUUGACAUUCAUAACUGGAAAGGACAAGUAGGACAAUAGAGUGUUGUACACGAACAUUUUCUCAACUGUCAUGCUAAUCAUUGGAUUUGUUUGUAGUCUGUUUCUAAAGAUCGAUGAUUCAUAUCAUGAAUUGGAUGUGGAAUAGGACAAGGCUUCUCUAGUUUAUCCUUUAGAGAAGAGUCAAUCUGUCGUGAAAGGAAAGGGGCCAUCUGUGUAUAGAGGAACAUAAUCGAAAAUGAGUGUGUAGUAUCAGAAGGGAUCCAUGUUCAGUUGCUCAUAUAACAAUAUCAGCAUUGUAGGUGAUGUGCCAAUAAUCCCAGGAGAGGAGGCAGAGGAUCCUUAUGAAUAAGAACAACAAGAGUGAGUAAUAAAUUUAUAUAUAUAUAUAUUUGGAUUAUCAUUAAAUUAAAUAAAA